UGCCAAUCCACCAACUUUUUUAAUGACUGUAUUUAUUCUACGCACACCGGUGCCUUAGUUUCGCCGCUUGCAGGCAGUUUUUGACGGCGUGUCGGGUUCCGGGCCGUCCCGGUCCGUGGCUCCAGAUGGCUGACAACGGAGCACAUCCGACCGAAGAGGACCCCGCCGCAGCUUUCCUAGCCCAGCAGGAGAGUGAGAUAGCCGGAAUCGAAAACGACGGCGAAGGGUUCGGGGCGCUGGAGGGAGUGGACGGUCCACAGCCGCCACAUCCGCAGACGGACAACUAUGACGGAUUUGAAGACGAGCCCGCCACGGUGAACGGGGAUAUGUUUCAGGAGUCCAAUGGCCCAACAGACAACUAUGCAGCCAUUGCCCAGGUGGACAUUCAGAGGCAAGAGCCAGAAAGUCUACGCAAGUGGAGGGAGGAGCAGAAGACGCGCCUCGAAGCCUUAGAUACUGCUUCCAAGGCGGCCGAGGCAGAGUGGAGGGAGAAGGCAAAGAAGGAGUUGGAGGACUGGCAUGUACACCAGAAUGACCAGAUGGAGAAGAACAAGGCCAACAACAGACUCUGUCCAAGUCUGGCACGAGCGUCCGAAGAGGCUUUCCUGGCAGAGACCGACGGGGACAGCCCAGGAUCCGAAUGGGAGCGAGUAGCCCGCCUCUGUGACUUCAAUCCUAAAACCAACAAGCAGGCAAAGGAUGUUUCUCGAAUGCGCUCCGUCCUCAUCUCCCUCAAACAGACACCUCUCGUCCGUUAGACGCCGUCAGCAGGAGGAUUCCCCUCUAGUAACAUUGCCUUUUUCAGUUUCAACCUCACAUUGCGUAAGAAUCGAUCUGCCCUCUUCCUUAAAUUUACCAGUCAGUUUGGAACCUUUUCCAGAACCCUCCUGCCUUCUCGGUGCCCAUCGUACUGAAACAAUGUGCUCCACCUGACGCUCCUUUGAGCAGAUGGGUAGCUCUGAUGUUACACCAUUCUUUAGCCCCUCAGCAUUAUCUCUUCUUUCCUGAGAGAACACUGUUACUGUAAGUUUAAAUAUUUCCUAUGCCCCUUAACUUAAAAAUGAAGUUAACUUUAUUGUUUUCUUUGCUGAAAUGUUGGACUCCCAGUUUUCGGUUGUUUUUCUAAACUAACAUGUAGGUCAAACACAGAUUAGAUUGUAACCACUUAUGCCUCUUAUAUUCAUAGUAUCACAAACACUUUGUUCACUUUUUAUUGCAUGAUGUCCCUAAAUACUACAUUUAAGUAGCUUACUUGUUUCUCUUUCACCAAUAUAAGCCUGUGGCCUUUCCAGUCGAGCUCUUACUCCACUUUUGAGUAGUAAGCCAGAUGUUUAUUUUCUCUUUAAUUGGACAGAAUUCCAUUUUAAAAUAAAAGUACAACUCACAACCAAAGACAUUUUGUCUAAAUUUUAGAUCAGGACUUUCAUUGUUCCCCAUUUCAUUUUCUUUUUUUUUUUU